AUGAAAUACACCUUCCAGAUCACAGACAUGCCACCCCUGACGCGAAUUGAAGAAGUGGUGCGUGAGAAGCUCAUGAUGCUGGGCAAGGAACUACCUUACACCACGCGCUCACAAAUCAGCCGCAUUCGCCGCAUUGAUAGUGGUGAAAUUAUUAUCAAUGUGGACAUUAUUGUGAAGCGAAAAAGCCAAAUUAAAAUAGUUCUGGGGAAACGGGGAUGUCGGAUACGCAUCAUGCGCGAGACUGUUCAGGCCGAGUUGUCUUCGAUGUUCAACCAAUUCGUAAACGUCGAUAUGCAAGUUAAACUUUAG